ACAUAAAACCUGCAUAUUAAAAACAUUCUCACAGAUUUGAGAAAAUGGAUCCGUCGACAGACGUUGAUCAAUUAUGGACAUCUUUGGGGAGAUUUGGGAAGUUUCAAAUGAGUCAACUGAUGAUCAUUUGGAUUACGUACAUCGCGGCGGGUUUUCAGCUUUUAAAUGUUGUCUUUAUAGGUUUUAGACCAUCGAAUAAAUGUGCACCAGUAGAAAAUGUAUCAACACUUUCCACGUCAGUCCCAGAUGGCGCAAACUUGUUCGUCACCUACGAUAAAUGUAGCCUAAAUCUUUAUCAAAACCUCACCAAUGGAUCGUUGUUCCUAGAGGAGAUAGAUUGUCCAAAUGGAUAUUCAUAUUCCAUGGCAGAGGAUGCCACAUUUGUCACGGAGUUUGACCUCGUUUGUGGUAGAAGUGGAUUAACAGAGCUAACCCAGACAAUGACCAUGGCUGGUCAAGGGAUCGGAGCCAUGCUUGUAUCAUCUCUAGCAGACAGAUUUGGGCGCAAAACAGUUCACAUUUGCAGUCAUCUGGCUGUGUACAUGUUGGGUUUCGGUAUAGCUUUUGCUCCGAAUUAUACUGUUUUACUAAUCCUGCGAUUUAUAAUUGGUGCCGUCCAGCAGGGCCUUGGUAUGGCGGGUGCAGUGAUGGCAUUAGAGUGGGUGCCCACCAAUAGCCGCUAUGUUGUCGAGGUAGUAGGACUGCUCUUCUGGUCCACAGGGAUCUGUUUGAUUGCGUUCAUUAGCUAUCUGCUGCAGGAUUUUUCCUGGAGAUAUCUACAGAUAGCAUUCACGCUGUUGUCGUCAUACUCUCUGAUUCAAUACUGGAUACAAGAGGAAUCAGUCAGGUGGCUGCUGAUGAAUGGAAAAACAAAGGAAGCAGAGAGAAUAGUAAGAAGGGCUGCAAAGUGGAAUAACAUGAAAUACGAAGACAUCAUAGAAAAGGCGACUCGCAAAUCUUCAGAAGCUGAGGGGAUGUUGAAUGGAGAAACCCAGAAAGACGGCACGAUAGAGAUGGAGAAAAACGACCAAGAAACAAAAAUGACAAUGGAGACAAGAGUCUCCUGUGAAAACGACCAGACAGCAAAACCACAAACCAAGGACUUUGUUGUUGAACAUUAUUCCAUUCUUACCAUUUUAAAAACUAGAAGACUCCUUGUGAAUUCAAUGAUUCUUUGGUUCUCCUGGAUUGUCAUUACAUUAACCUACUACGCUCUGACCUUAACAUCCACGACUUUGGCGGGAAAUAAAUACCUGAACUUUUUCCUCAGUGGAGCAGUGGAAUAUAUAUCUUGCUUUGUCGAAGUAUUCAUGUUACAAAGGAUUGGGAGACGCCCGAUUAUUGUGGUGCUCCACGUUAUUACAGGCGCCGCACUGGUUGCUGCCACUUUGCUCAGUCAUUUUUCAAACGGUAACACAUCCAUGACAACAGCAUCGGUUGUGUUUUCCUUGACCGGAAAAAUGGCAAUAACUGCUGCCUUCAGUGUCAUCUUCCUGUUCACUCCGGAACUGUAUCCCACAAACCUCAGGAGUGUCGGGAUUGGGUUUUCCUCAGCAAUGGCGCGGAUAGGCAGCAUGUUGGCACCCUUUGCUGGUUUGCUUGCAUUGUAUAAUCCAUGGGCGCCGGGAACAAUUUCUGCCAUUCUCUGUUUUGUUGUGGCAGUAAUCGUUUUAUAUCUACCGGAAACACGUGGGGUUGAACUUCCCACGAAUCUGGAUGCGCUGAAUGCGUGGUACAAAGCAAAUGCGGGUGCAAAAAGAUUCCCUCGGAGAAAGCAGGAGAAACUGAUAAAAUAAAGAACUGUGUUAAACUGUCAUUGUAGUGUACGGUGGAUGGGGUUUCCCUUCCUGUAGAAGACUAGCGAAGAUGUAUAGAAGAUAGCCCAAGAGAGUUUCGUGUAUCGCUGUAUUCAAGAGUGGAUAAGUCAUUGCAUGCAGUCAGUGACAAAUUGCCAUAUAUAUAUAUAUAUAUACUUUAUAUAUAUAUUAUUUUUAUAAGUUUCAGUUUGAUUGCAAAUUACAGAAAAUAUAC